AUGAGUUCAUCAUCAGCAACAAGUGGAAUGAAUUCUUCAACAUCACCUCGAAGUCCAACUCGAUUAACUGCAACAUCAUCAGAACAUGUAUCGAUGGCUUUUAUUAAACGAUGUCUUACACCAAAAGCAACAUGGACACAUAAAGAAGAAUUUCUUGAUGCUGUCUAUUGGCUUCGACAAGUUGUAAGCAUUAUUAUUGGAAUUAUUGUUGGUAUUUUAUCUGUUAAAGGUUUUCUUGGCAUUAUAACAUUUGGUAUAAUAAGUUCAUUGAUUGUUUUUAUCUACGCAACAAAUUUUCAAAAUGUUGAUCCAGAAGAAUAUGGUGGCAUUGUUGAAAUAAUAAAAGAAGGUUUUAUGACUGCUUUUGCAACAUUUCUUGUAUCAUGGAUUGUGCUCUAUUCGGCAUUUCAUGCUCCGGAAUCUUCACUACCAACAAUAUAG